AUGUUGAACUUCUCAGGACAAGCCAAGCGUCGAAACGUCAAUUUGGGUAGUAGGGCAACAAGAUCGAAACAAGACCUUUUGAAUGAUGCCAGAAAGGAGCGAGAAAGGCGAGCCCUAGCAAAGAAAGAUGAAGAGAGUGCAUUAGUGAUUCAGAAGACUAUUCGAAGAUGCACCAGCAAUAAAAACGUUUUCAAACAUCUUACACAAAAUAUGACAAGUCAAAAGGCAACACAGCUAAUAAUAGCAUAUCCGGUGGCGCUCUUCCAGUAUUUACCCGAAUCGGAGCUUAUUAGGGCUUUAGAGAUAAUGGUCAACGAUGGCCGAUCAGUAGUUAACCUAAGGUUAACCCGACUAGUUGAAGCUUUAGGUACGCACAAGUGCUCUCUAGAACUUUUGGCAAGUAUCUGGGCUAAGUUCACCACUGAAACUUCACCACGACCUGAGUUUGUACCUGCCGUUGUAAAAUUCCUGACUGAAGCAUCUUACACAAUUCCCAAGGAGGCCAUUAUCAAGCUCGUUGAGCUAAUAGAGCAGCUUCGCAUCCCAGAUACCGAUUCGAUAUCUGAAUUGUUCGGGAUUUCUGUCGAAGCGGCACAGAACGCAAGCAACCCAAGGUGCUUUUUGCGCGCGUUAGGAACUAUGUGUUCCCCUCAAAAUAUUAAUAAUAAGGAUGCUGGCCGGGAUUUGAUAGAGAACCUUGCAUACUUGUUUGGUAUUCUAGGGACUGCACAGAGGUCAAUAUACAGUCAUGUCAUUCUGAGGUGUUUGACGCAUGUUGAUCAAGGAUGUUUAAGGGAUACCCUCUACUUCAAGGAGCUCUACACGCGAGCCUUCGUAGAUACGAUAAUGCCCACCCAACUCGGUCACGUCCUUGAAGAGCUCUCAGUCUUUGUCAGCCAUGCCCCGAACGUGGACUAUAAAAAUAAUGUUUUGGUUAGUUUAGUAGCUAAACAAGAUUUCAUGAUGGAAGUACAUCAAGAGGUAUUCCAAAGGUCAUUGAGUGAACAUAGACAAAUUACAGGUGCAGCUCUACUUUUUGAGACGCUGAAUAUUUAUUUAUCAGUGGCCAGUGACUUAGAGGUUCUGCACAACAAGGACUCUUAUCCACUUCAGUAUCUGAAAGAAGCUACUGACUAUUUGAAACAGGUUUGCUUCCGAAGUCUUUGGAAUCUAAAUGAAUCUGGACAUGCACUUCCUGACUGUUACUUGAAUACUCUAAAGAAGAUUCACCUUCGCGACUCUAGGCUUCAUUUUUUUCCGAGAUCUGAAAAUUCAGAUUAUUGGAGUGUAACCGAUAAUGAAUUUGUGAAUGUCAAUAUCACAAAAUAUAUUGAAGAGUUCGAAUUAUUCUAUCGUGACCGUGUGGAUAAUCUUGACUUCAAAGACGAAGACACUGAAGACAUGGAACUUUUUGAGAAAAAAAGAUCGCUGCGGUACGAAUUUCUGUUUGAAGCUGAGAAAUCUUUUGUAAAGAGAGCGACGACACGACAAUUUAAGAAGUUGAAUAUCCUUUCCAGAGCGCCAUUUUUUAUACCUUUCCAACAGCGGGUGGAUUGGCUCUAUUUUCUAAUUUCGAUAGACCACAAGCGUCUUAAUAUUGAUCCCAAUGACUUAUCCGCAAUGUUUACGCCGUGGAGUUCGAAUUCGAUUUCGUCUAAGCAAACUGCCACGAUCUCUCGAGAGCACUUGUUAGAAGAUGCUUUCAAUGCGUAUAAUCCUAUUGGUGAAAGCUUCAAAUCAAAAUUAUCGGUUACAUUUGUGAAUCAGUUUGGUCCUGAGGCUGGGAUAGAUGGUGGUGGGAUUACAAAGGAAUUUUUAACCAGCGUUUCGGAUGAAGGAUUUAAGCAAGACCAGUAUCAUCUAUUCAAAGAAAACCAUGAUCAUGAGCUUUAUCCAUCUGACACACUUACUUCUGCGCAGCAUGUCAAAUAUCUAUGGUUUUUGGGCAAAGUUCUUGGCAAGUGUCUGUACGACCAUGUUUUGAUAGAUGUGAACUUUGCAGAUUUCUUCUUAAAGAAGUUACUGAAUGUAAACCAGUCUAAUUCGUCUUUUGACGAUCUUGCCAGUUUCGAUUCUGCCCUCUAUUCUAAUCUUGUGAAACUGCUUGGAAUGAGCGCUGAUGAAUUACAAAACUUGGGGUUGCGGUUUGAAAUUACCGACGAGGCCACUCUGCAAACCGUGGACCUUGUGCCAAACGGGUCCGAUAUAAUAGUUACAAAAUCCAAUACAUUGCAGUAUCUAUUUGCGGUAGCGGACUUCAAGUUAAAUCGGAAACUACGUUUGGGGACUCGAUCGUUUACAGGGGGUCUUUAUACCAUGAUUCCACCACAUUGGCUGGAGAUGUUCAAUUCUAUUGAAUUACAAAUGUUGAUCUCCGGUGGUGGAAAAGACAUUGAUCUCUCAGACCUACAUCGACACUCGGAGUACGGCGAUUUUUCUGAACAAGACCAGACCAUUCGUGAUUUUUGGACGAUUUUGGCAGAAUUCGAGCCUCAAGAUCGAUUUAAGUUUGUGAAAUUUGUCACUUCAGUACCCAGAGCUCCCUUACAGGGUUUUGGCUCUCUGAAUCCUCUUUUUGGAAUCCGUAAUGCUGGCCCAGACGCUUCACGACUUCCGACCGCAUCAACCUGCGUAAAUUUGCUCAAAUUGCCUGACUACAGGAAUCGCGAAGUGCUUAGAAAUAAACUACUAUACGCAAUCAAUGCAGAAGCCCGUUUCGACUUGUCUUAG